CAAACAUAAAUUGCGCCGCCUUCAACACCGCAGCGCCCCGAGCGCACACAAGCAAGCAUACAUAGAGCAUGCGCGGCCGCCUCUUCUCGCGCCUCCGACACACCACCCCUCUACCGCUCGCCGCCAUGACGCACCUCACCAUCACCCGGCCCGAAGGCAAGCGCGAGCGCAAGGAGCACUGGGCCAACGACGAGGGCACGGCGUUCGUCAACCCGUGGCCCUCGGCCAACAUGAAGGCGAUGGGCGGGACUGCCGUGGCCAAGUUCAUUUGGGAAGGACUCUGGAUCAGCAAGAAGGACGACCUCGCCGACCCGUCCAAGUUCGUCAAGAGCACCACGGUCGACUUCACGCCGCCGGCGCAGGGCACCGUCAAGGCCACCUGGCUCGGACACGCGUGCGUGCUCGUCUCGUUCCCGCCGCCAGCGGACGCGCCGGCCGGCGCGCGUGGCGUCAACGUGCUGUUCGACCCCGUGUUCUCGGUGCGCUGUGGGCCGACGCAGCUGUUCGGCGCGCCGAAGCGGUACACGCCCGUGCCCUGUGGCGAUGUGAACGGCCUGCCGGAGAUCGACGUAGUGGUCAUCUCGCACAACCACUACGACCACGAGGACAUCCCGACCCUGCACGCGCUGUACAAGAAGCAGGCGGAUCACCCGCCGGCGCUCCUGGUCCCGCUCAACACGGUGCGCACGCUCGGCGGCGUGCAGGCGCCCAAGGAGAGCGUGCUCGAGCUCGACUGGUGGGAGGACGUCGUGAUCGACGUGGCGGGCAAGGGCAGCGUCAAGCUCACGUGCACGCCGGCGCAGCACACGACGGCGCGCACGCCGUUCGACAGCGCGCACUCGCUCUGGGCGAGCUGGGCGGCCCAGAGCGUCGACAAGGCCGGCGACACGGGCGCGAGCGUGUGGUUUGGCGGCGACACGGGCUACUGCUGCGUCGAGCACGAGACGCACGAGAUUGAUGAGUCAAGGCCAGUGUGCCCCGAGUUCAAGAACAUUGGCGAGCGCCUCGGCCCGUUCGACCUCGCGCUCAUCCCCAUCGGCGCAUACGCGCCCCGCUGGUUCCUGUCGACGGUGCACAAUUCGCCCAUAGAUGCCGUGCGCAUGUUCCACGAUAUUAAAGCCAAGAAGGCAAUCGCGAUCCACUGGGGUACUUGGGACCUCUCGCACGAGCCACUCAGCGAGCCGCCACAGCUGCUGGCGCGCGCGCGCGAGCAGCUCGGCCUCACGCAGGAGCAGUUCGACACGUGUGCCCUUGGUGGGUCGGUCGUCGUGCCGGUGGAGACGGCGUAGACAUUUGUUCGAGUUAGACACAUGGCGUAUUCUUAGAUGUACUUGUUUUCUUCGUCGA